ACUCUCAAAGCCACUAGAGUUCGGUUAACACUGAGCAAAGUAAUUUAGUCUACAAAAUCAGUUUCAUUGUAGGUUUAACUUGCCAGUUUAUCCCAAAGAUUUAACCUCUCUUCUAAAAAUGACCGAUGCGAAUAAAAAUGUUGUUCUCGAAAGGCACGAGUUUAUUCUAAAAGGAGCACAGGAUGAAAGAGAAUAUCGUGGUCUGGAACUUACCAAUGGCAUCCGAGUUCUUUUGGUCUCUGACCCAACAACUGACAAAUCAGCAGCUGCCUUGGAUGUAAAUGUUGGACAUCUUAUGGAUCCCUGGGAACUUCCAGGACUUGCCCAUUUUUGCGAGCAUAUGCUAUUCCUAGGAACUGCCAAAUAUCCGUCGGAAAACGAAUAUUUCAAGUUUCUAACGGCGCACGCUGGUCGCGCCAACGCGAAUACUGCAACGGAUCACACCAACUAUUUCUUCGAAGUGAAACCGGAUCAACUUCCCGGUGCACUGGACCGGUUUGUUCAGUUCUUUUUGUCGCCACAGUUCACGGAAAGUGCUACGGAGCGAGAAGUAUGCGCCGUUGAUUCUGAGCACUCGAAUAAUUUGAAUAACGAUGCUUGGAGAUUCCUUCAAGUUCAUCGUUCGUGCGCAAAACCUGGGCAUGAUUACGGAAAGUUCGGAACAGGGAACAAGAAGACUCUGUUGGAAGAUGCUCGAAAGCAAGGAAUCGAACCACGCGAUGCUCUUCUUCAAUUUCACAAAAAGUGGUACAGCUCCAAUAUAAUGACGUGCUGCAUCAUUGGAAAAGAAUCCCUGGAUGUUCUUGAGUCAUACUUGGGAACAUUUGAAUUUGCUGCCAUCGAUAAUAAGAAAUUGGAGCGUCAAAUUUGGAAAGAGUUUCCAUUCGGUCCUGAGCAACUGGGCAAGAGAAUUGAUGUAGUUCCGAUCAAGGACACCCGACAGAUAUCUAUUAGUUUUCCAUUCCCUGACCUCACCGGCGAAUUUCUCUCUCAACCGGAGCAUUAUAUUUCUCACCUCAUUGGACACGAAGGGCAUGGAUCUUUGCUCUCCGAGCUUAAAAGACUUGGUUGGGUGGUCUCUUUGCAAUCAGGCUAUGUGGUACAAGCCGCUGGUUUUGGAAAUUUCCAGGUGGGAAUUGAAUUGAGCACGGAAGGUCUUGAACAUGUGGAUGAAAUCAUCCAACUUAUGUUUAACUACAUCGGAAUGAUGCAGUCAUCUGGUCCUAAGCAAUGGGUUCAUGAAGAGUUGGCAGAGCUCCGUGCAGUCACAUUCCGAUUCAAAGACAAGGAACAGCCUAUGGCAAUGGCAAGCUGUGUGGCUGCAAGGCUUCAACGCAUUCCAUUCAAGCAUGUUCUAUCUUCGCCCCAUCUUCUUACUAAUUACGAGCCCGUACGUAUCAAGGAGCUUCUUAGUAUGCUCAUUCCUUCAAACAUGAAAAUUCAAGUUGUAUCUCAAAAAUUCAAGGGACAAGAAGGUAAUACGAAUGAACCAGUUUAUGGAACUGAAAUAAAAGUCACUCGUAUCAGUUCUGAAACUAUGCAAAAGUAUGAAGAAGCUCUGAAAACCAGCCACCAUGCACUCCACCUGCCCGAAAAAAACCAAUACAUUGCCACAAAGUUUGAUCAGAAGCCACGUGAAUUGGUAAAAAGUGACCAUCCUCGACUGAUUAAUGAUGACGAAUGGAGCAGAGUUUGGUUUAAACAGGACGACGAGUACAAAAUGCCAAAACAGGAGACGAAACUUGCUUUGACAACUCCAAUUGUUUCUCAAAGUCCUAGAAUGACUUUGCUUUCCAGGCUUUGGUUGAGGUGCCUCAGCGAUAGUCUCGCCGAAGAAUCUUACAGUGCUAAAGUGGCUGGCUUGAACUAUGAGCUUGAGUCGAGCUUCUUUGGUGUACAGAUGCGGGUAUCUGGAUACGCCGAGAAACAAGCGCUGUUCUCAAAACAUCUGACAAAACGUCUGUUCAAUUUCAAAAUUGAUCAGACUCGUUUUGACGUUCUGUUCGACUCCCUUAAGAGAGAUUUGACAAAUCACGCUUUUUCUCAACCAUAUGUGCUCAGUCAACACUACACGGAACUUCUUGUCGUCGAUAAAGAAUGGAGCAAACAACAACUGCUUGCGGUUUGUGAGAGCGUGAAAUUGGAAGAUGUUCAACGAUUUGGAAAAGAGAUGCUUCAAGCUUUCCAUCUGGAACUGUUGGUUUACGGAAAUUCUACCGAGAAGGAGACAAUUCAGCUGUCGAAAGAUCUCAUUGAUAUUCUCAAAUCCGCUGCGCCGAGUUCUCGUCCAUUAUUCCGCAACGAGCACAUCCUACGUCGCGAGAUACAGUUGAACAACGGUGAUGAGUACAUCUACAGACAUCUUCAAACAACUCAUGACGUGGGUUGCGUGCAGGUGACAUACCAAAUUGGUGUUCAGAAUACGUACGACAAUGCUGUUAUUGGACUUAUCAAGAAUCUCAUCACCGAGCCGGCUUUCGAUACUCUCAGAACUAAAGAGUCAUUGGGUUAUAUUGUUUGGACUAGAACACACUUUAACUGCGGAACUGUUGCUCUCCAGAUCCUUGUUCAAGGACCAAAAAGCGUUGAUCACGUUCUUGAGCGCAUUGAAGCAUUUCUGGAGUCUGUUCGUAAGGAGAUUGUUGAGAUGCCACAAGAAGAGUUUGAAAAUCGAGUUUCGGGUUUGAUUGCUCAACUUGAAGAAAAACCAAAGACGCUGAGCUGCAGAUUCAAAAAAUUCUGGGAUGAGAUUGAGUGCCGACAGUAUAAUUUCACACGAAUUGAAGAAGAUGUAGAACUUCUGAAAACUAUCAAAAAAGAAGAUGUUAUUGCACUCUUCGAUAAAAAAAUCCGCAAGGGUGCUGCAGAACGGAGGAAGCUUGCUGUCAUUGUCCAUGGAAAAAGCGAAGACCGAGCGGCUGUCAACGAGAUCAUCAAGAAACAUUUGGAAGACGGUAAAAAAAAGAAGGAGGUUCUCUAUUUGGAUCAGCUGCGACAAUUCCUGCCACUCUACGGCCAACCGAUUGCUGCAAUCAAUCUCAAACCAAUUGGUAUUGACCCAUGUUUGGGACAAUGAAUAACUUCAUAAUUUCGUAUUUUGUAUUUCACCGUUCAUGAAUUAUUUUUAAAUUAACA